GUCUAGGUUUCGUUGGCAACCCUUCAACUGUUCUCCGAGAUAUUCGGCUUCAAUUACGGAACUCGCUUUAGGCUCCUCUUGACCGAGUCUCUUAAGGUGUUAGCUCACUUUCUGUCGUGACCUCUGCUAUGAUGUCUCCCAGGUCCAGUCGUCAGCUCGGCUUUCAGCUCCCUUUGUUAUGAUGGGCUUAUCGCAACCCACAUGCUAGCUCACGCUUAUCGGUACCUCACCUGAGGGUCAUAUUCGGGUCCAACAUCCACUUGGAUAUAUAUUCAAGUUAAAAAAACGAACUUAGCUGCAUUCAGAUGAUUCAUCUGGAUGCAUGGACAAAAUGAAAAAACGAACAACAUUUAGAUGAAGCAUCCGGAUAAGAUAUCUAAAUGGAUCAUCUGAAUGCAUCUUUCAAAUGUACAAACGAAGAAGGCCUAAAAGUAUUCCAAAAAAACACAUUAAAGAAAAUGGCCAUAAAAGUAAAAAAAGGAGAAUAUGGAAAUAAUAAAUGUCAUGACUUAUAUAUUUCCUAAGAAACGGCAUUCUUCCCUACUUUAACAUUUUGACUCUAAUCUCUUUGUCUCCACGAUUCACAUCACAGUUAAAAGAAGAAAGAAAAUCUAUCUCUAGUAUCUCUCUCUUUUGGUGUGAUUAUUACAGAGGGAGAGAGAUGGAGAAACGAACAAGAAGAGUAAAGUUCACGGAACAUUGUACGGUCAAACCCGUGCCAGCUAAACCAUCCAACGGCUCUCCGAGAGUGGUCCGAAUCGCCUUCACUGACCCUUUCGCCACUGUCUCAUCUAGCGACGAAGAAAACGACAAGGUUUGUCCGACUCCGAGAGUGAAACGUUACGUUGAGGAGAUCAGAUUCGGCGAGACCAAACCCUCCUCCUCAAAGCCGGCGAGGAAAGCUAGAUGCAAGCCGGAGAGAGGUGGCGGCGAGAGAAAGGCUGACGUGUCGGAUCCAAGAAAGUACAGAGGCGUGAGGCAGAGACGGUGGGGAUCCUUCGCGGCGGAGAUAAGGGAUUCUUCGACACGCAUUCGGAUUUGGUCAGGGACUUUCGCUACGGCGGAGGAUCGAGCCGCGAUUCGACUCAAAGGUCACAACGCUCUGACGAAUUUUCUGACUCCUCCUCCUUCGCCGGGGGAAACGCCGCCGGUUAUCGAUAUGAAAACGGUUACCGGAUGCGAUUCGGGGAGCCAGAGCCUCUGUUCUCCGACGUCUGUUCUUCGAAUCAAUGUCAAAAGAGAAACAGAGUAUAGAACGGAGCUGGAGACGGAACCGAUCGAUCUGGCGGCGGAGGUGAAGCCGAGUAGCAGAGAGUAUUUCUGGGAUUCCGAGUUUCCUCCGGAGCCGUUGUUUAUGGAUGGAAUCGAAAUCCAUAAACUUUCCGAACCGGAGGAUUUCUCGUUCAAUUUGAAUGAAGAUUUCGAUGCAACUCCAUGUGAAGUCGACGAUUUUUUCGAGCCUGAUUAAUUUUUUAAAAUUUUGAUUUUUACUGGUUCUGAGAUUUUUGUGACGAUAUUGGCGGGGAUGCAUCUAGACCGUAUGCUUGCUUUUUUUCGUUUAUUGACGUAGACGGUUCUGAUAGGCUAGACGCUGAAGCGCAAGAAUUGCUUCGUUUAUAAUUUUAAUGGUGUUUCAAGAAGUAAGUACUUUAGUUAAGAUAAAAAUGUCAGUGUCUGUUAAGGUUUUUGGCCCAACAUUUUCGUUAUUCGCUUGUCUUAA